GAAUUGUCAGAUAAUCAUCUCUCGCAGGAUUCGAACCCACGCAGGACUAUCAACAAUCAGUGGCACAUUGGCAGGCGACAUUAUCAUUCCUUAUUUACACUUGUAAACCGCAGCAAUCGCCAGCACAUGCUCCGUCGUAUUCUGUCAGGACAAGAUAUGUAGGUUUAAUCAGUUACUAUAUAACUAACUAUGAAGCCUAGCUUUGUUCUUAAACGUCCCGUUAAUUUCUGCUCCGACACAAAGUGCAACAAAAAGUUCGGUUUCCUGUCUCAAAAAUUUCACUGCAGAGCUUGUGGAGACGUCUUUUGUAAAGCAUGUAUAAAACAGAAAACAUACUUACGAUACGCAAAUAAAGAUGUGAGAGUCUGUAACGACUGUUAUUACAGAUUGAAGAACAUAGACGAAUAUAGAACACGGCACAUUAUCAGCAAACUAGACUAUUUGGAAAAUCAGAAAUACGAAAAAGAAAGAGGAAAUUCUGCUCCGAGAUGUUGCAGAUGCACCGACCGAUUUGGGAUUAUAAAGCGACGAAAGUUCUGUGGUGAAUGUCAAAAAGCCUGUUGUUCAAGAUGCAGAAGCUACGCUUUCUCGCAACCCACUGGAAAACCACUCAGAGUUUGUUACAACUGUCACGAAUGUGGUCUGGUUACGCCGCACAAUAUCAAAGUCGACUCAAAUAACGAGCAAUCUGAUUGGACGUUAAAUCAGUCACAAGGCGACACCACUAUUGAAGAAUAUUGUAAUCGUACCAGCCGGUAGAUGGCGACAUUGAGCAAGAUGCCGUUUGGUUUGACUUCGAAAGAUGUGUACCAAAUCUGAUAUUUCAAUGCAUACUUUCAGGCAGCGACUAGCUGUCUCUGAUGUAUCUAUCCUAAAAUGCUAAAUCAUUUUUCCCGUUCCGAAUUUGCGGGCUCUGAAUGUAGAAUUACGUGAUAAAAUCUCUCUCUCCCGUGUGAAUAUAACUCCAACUACUGACAACAAAUUCUAAUUUUAUCACGUUUUAUUCGUAUUCCUUUGCAUUUUGAGAUUAUAAGAUCCUUUUUAAACAUGCAUACAAUGAACUUGGAAAUUUAAAUGUUGCGUGUUCGCCAUCGCAAUCACAGUAGGUAUAAAUGAGACCACAAUUUGGAAUCCUGGCAGUGUAAUCGCCUAGUUAUUGAUUAACUAUUAACAAGGGUCCUGUUUUGUUUGUUGAAUAGUGCUGGUACAUUCUGUUCAUCAUUACAUAGUAUGUCUUUGAAACUAGUAUAUUUAUUGGUUAAACUAGGUAAAGAUUGUGGGUUCGAAUCCCAAAUUAAGACACGAUGUAGCUAUAAAACAUAAUAUGGCACAAUUCCACCUUUUUCUCUCCCCUUACAAAUAUGAAAACUAUAAGUGUAAAAAGCAUGACACUUCAACAAAUCGAUCUUCGCAACAAUUUUAAAUUUUCACUCAACUUCAUUGGACCUCUCUACCCGAAACGCAGGGCUAGAUUGACCAUUAGGCGCAUGCUUAGGACACCAAGGAAAAGCAGCGUCCCAGAAAAUUCUCAUAGUCAAAUUGUAAUCGUGGCUCAGUGUUAAAUGAAAUAAUUCGAGUUGGUCAGAUGAUACAGACCUCAAUAUUGGCCCAGAUAAAUCAAUUUUUGCUCAUUAAGUAUCAUUUUAAACCUCAAUACCCGCGGUUUCAUAAUUGCUAUUUUUAUGUGUAGUUCUUAGGGGCUCUGAGAUGGUCCGGCCUUGCCCAGACCCUAUUGUCAUAGUUUAUUGAUAACUAAUAUAACAACUUAUAAAAAUCCAUCGGGCCUCUACCCAUGUAAUUAAUAAUACCGAACAUCCCAAUUAACAAAGAGCAUAAUUUAGAAAUUUGUUUUUCUGAAAUAUCUGCCCCACGGUACAGUGUGUCCCCAAAAAUAAUACCUGGUCGAAAAUCUUCAAUGAAUCUGGCGAGACAUUCCAGAGAAUGAUCUGAAUAAUCUGUUUGGAUUUUUUUCCCCCCCAAAAAAACAUGUUAUUUAUAAACAAAUGAAUAUCGGUUUACAUAUUUGUAUAUUUGAAAAUCUCGCAAUGUUCUACUUUGUAAUUUUGUUUUUGAUAAAUGAAAAUAAAACCCGACAAAAAUAAUCCGUAGUGUUAUUUUGCACUGUCUUAUUAAUUUCAGGGAAACUUGGUAGAUUGUAAUAGCUAAUAUGAUCUAACCAUAUUCACAGUUUUCCUCUCCCCCCAUAUAGUAAUGAAAACAUAACCUCCCAUUAAUUUCAGCAAAUGUUUUUUUAUUUAUAAUUCAGUGCAUUCUAUAAUUUUUGAAAAGUUAUACACACACAAAAUAAUAAAACUGAAAAUAAAUAAAAUAAUCAAAUCAAACAUUUACAGAAUAUUCUGAUCAAGAAUUGCGCAAUUAUAACUUGAGGUUAUUCGCUUCACCCCCUUACCCCCCAAAAAAAGUUGAUUGAUUAAAGCUUGGGUAUUUUUUACAAGGUUUUCUAUACCUGAAUAAAUUGACAUUCAAACUUUCCUUUCCAUGAGGAUUAUCGGGGGGGGGGAUCUUUGGGAGGGGAAGUGAAGCUCAUUGAAAAUAUUUGUUAGGGGUAUAUUCACUUGGCUAACACAGACAGUCACGAAUUUGUAAAAGAACUGAAAUAUGGAAAAUCGGAUAAAAUUAUGCCUUGACCUGAUACUCAUACUACAGAAGCAUCAAUAAAUGUGCAUACAAGCAAAAAUCAAUAUUAAUAAUAUAUACAAACUCAAAUGCAUGAAAAUGAGAAAUUAAAAAAAAAUCAAAGUUAGAAAAGCUACAUUUUUGUAAUACAAUGUAAGUUUAACUGUGGAUUUUGGGAAUUAUAAUAUACUCAACACGAGUCAAAAUAAAGAAUAAAUUCAUAAAAAAAUCAGAUACAAUUACUGAGUUGAAAAAUCAAAUACGGUUGACAAAUCCUGCUUUCAUUUUUCUGGAAUUGAUUCCCAAUCAGAACCAACUUCGUUUUUGAGUGUUUAUGGGUGCUGUUUGGAUUGUGGUGCAAAAUCGGUGUUAAGUUUUUAUCGUAAAAUGUUUCAAUGAAAUAAUUUUAAAUCAGAAAUAAUUUGAACUCUUAUUUCGAUUAAAAAAGAAUAAGAUACAAGUAUCUCAACUCAAUAACAGCCGUUAAAAAUUGCGACUCAAACGAUCAUGAUGGGCGCGCAUAUAUAAACUUUGCCACAGGCACAAUUUUACGUAGAUACGCCACUGUUCUACUGACAAAAUUCAUAUCUGGCCCAAGUAUAACCAAUAAAAGACUGCUCUCACUAUUCAGUCUAUUUGCUCAGUAUUAAAAGUAGGUCAGUUUUGUGUUUAUUUUACAGAUAAUAUAAGUGACUGUAUUAUUCUAGACUUUGGCAAUUUAUCCCUCUACAAAAUGAUUUUAGUAAUCAUAUUUGGUUGUAAGCUUUAAUCCAGAAGUGGGCAAUUACUUUCGUAAGUGGCCCACUUACAGAUAAUAGACUUGGUUAAUGGACUUCCAAAACUUUGAUAACAUUAGUCUUCCUGCUGAGUUUCACUGAUGCAAUACAAUAGGUCAGGGUGGUCCAAGACUGGCAGCUCAGCGGGCCACAAAAUUACUUUUGCAUUGUUCGCGGGCAACAAUAGUGCCAAGAACUUCGCUCGUUUUACUUCGCGGUUGCCUCAGCAAGCCAUGACA